AUGACUUCCAAUGAUGGUGUUGGUGUGACGGAGAUUGAACACGACAGUGAAGCAAGAACACAUGUAAACGGAUAUAAUAAAAAAGGCUCUUAUAAUCGAACGAUUAAGUAUGGGAUUUCUACCGAGCAUAUUGUCGCUAUUUUGAAUCAGUCAAUCAAUUGUGAGCAGUUCAUAAGGUAUGAAUGUUAUCAUAGCAAGUUGUUAAAAAGCUCGACUGGUUGGUGGGUAACACGUCAAGGUUUAAAGAUGAAUUACUGGGGUGGAGCGGCAGUCGACAGUGGAAAAUGUGCCUGUGGAAUGACCAACAGCUGUGCAGGUCAAAGAAAAUGUAAUUGUGACAAGAAUGAAUAUACAUGGCGUGAAGACAGUGGAUACCUGACAGACAAGAACACGCUGCCUGUUACUGAACUGAGAUUUGGUGAUACUGGUAAUACUACCACUGAGUAUGGCUAUUUUACACUCGGAAACUUACGAUGCUGGGGUUAAAGAAUGAAACAUAUAUCCUGAAGUAAUGUAUGGGAUUUUUGCAAUAGCCUAAAUAGUCAACAUAUGAAUUUUCUUUUUGCACUGA